ACUCCCACCCUCGAAAACACGCGAAAACUUAUGCAACUUGGGCCCUUAAUCUCCCAGAGUAAUCUCGAGCGACAGCAUAUAAAUCCAAAGGUCGAAGCCUGGCCUCACGUGAACGAACGGCAGCGGCAAAGGAAAACGGGAAGGGAAGCCAAAACUUCGGCCGCUGCCGCCAAUGUGAUGCCCGCUUACUAGCUUCCACGUUCGGCUUCCCGCGGCGGCGAAUGGCUGCCGGUCGUUGAGUAGGAAGGAACCGCUGCCGGUUUCCCCGCCGCGCGCGCCAUGAAGGUCUCUUCGCUCUUCGUCUUCCACGGCCUCGCUUUCGCCUGGUACGUAUUCCUCGUCGCCUUCAUCAACACGAUAGGGACGGGACCUGGCGACAAGAAGCCGGACAACAUCGUCGCCUACGGCGGGCCGUGGAAGUUCCUGACCGUGCUCAACCUGGUUCUGCAGGCUGUUUACUUCGGGGUCUCCUUGCUGAUUGACGCGCUGGUACUAAUGAAGCAACUGCGAAUUGCUAAGUCCAUGUUCCCCUUCAGAGACUUGAUCUUUGGCAGCCUGGCUUUUCCUAUCUCCAUGUUAGUGUUUACGAUCUUUUGGACACUAUACCUUUAUGAUCGGGAGCUUGUUUAUCCCAAGAGCCUUGAUACUCUCCUUCCUUUAUGGGUGAAUCAUGCUAUGCAUACUGUUAUAUUACCAUUGUCCCUGACGGACCUCUUGAUUACCCCGCAUCGUUAUCCACCAAAGAGAAAAGGGAUCGGCGUAUUAGCAAUUGGGGGUGCUGCCUAUCUCUGUUGGCUUCUGUGGAUUUACUCGGUGACUGGGAGGUGGGUGUACCCUAUAUUUGAAAAGCUAAGUGUACCCGGCAUAGCUGCCUUUUUUGUGUGGAACACUUUCAUCGCUCUCUUUUGCUACAACACAGGAGAAUUCCUUUGCCGCAUGAUUUGGGGUGACUCCGUAGUAAUACUUGACAUUUACAAGAAGAAAAGCAAAUGAAACUUGGAUGGUGCCAGAGCGAAACCUAGAUGAAUUAAGAAUGAAGCCAGCGAAGUCAAGCAAGAAGAUAUCUCUAUGCAGAACCUUCUCAUAUGCUUGUUCAACACCUUGUGUCUUCCAACGAAUCUAGAUUCUAAAAAUUACUGGAUUCUGGGGAUGGAUUUGAGGGUCUGCCUGGGCAGAUCCCUUUCAGGAUUCCAGAGGAUUAAUUUGAUUCCAGAAAGCUUAAGAUGGAUCCCCAGGCACAUCAAGCCACAGGUGUGUUGUAUGCCAAUUAAAUAAGUGGUACAUACCUUAGGACAGAAUCCUCCCAAGGCUGCUACAAACUGUCUGGAGUGGAUUGCGUCAGUCCUAUCAAUGAGCCUAAACUUCACUGGGAGAGCCACAGCAGCUCCUGAGGCCUUGGACCUUCACACUUGUGUGUUACAUUGCUAUGGAAGCUGCAGUCAUCACAAUGCUGUGCAAAUCUAGAUGCCUGUUGCAGCUCUUCUGGUGGAGACUGGGCCCUUCUCCCCUCUCCUGAAUAGAGAGAGAGAUGGGGGAAGAGCCUACAUUGAGAGGAGUGCUGCAGACAUAGGUUUUUGGCUUGUGAAUGACUGCACCAAUGUGAUCAAGACGCUUGGAAACCCCUGUGUAGGAAAGGCUGGGCUCUAGGCCCGGGAAUACCUGAUUCAGAGCCAAUAAAUUCAGACUGACAAGGGCUGCCUAUCUUUAAAUGAAUAUUUUGUACUACAUCAUGAAGGCUAACCUGAUGGCAUCAUUUCAGGUGAUUAAGAAAAAGAAUUUACAGUUGCAGAUUAAUGAAAUGCAUAGCAUCCAGUGCU